GGCGCCUACGCGGGUCAGAGUCCGGCGGAAAAUGUCGCGGUUCGGGCCUUCGUGGGCCUUGGGGUGCGCAGAGGCCUGGCCCGGGCGAGCCGAGCCCUCGGGCCGCUGCCCGCCGGCCGCCAUGGAGUACGAGCAGCCCGACAGCUUGGAGGGCUGGGUGCCGGUCCGCGAGGACCUCUUCGCCGAGCCCGAGCGGCACCAGCUGCGCUUCCUGGUGGCCUGGAACGACGCGGAGGGCAAGUUCGCCGUGACCUGUCACGACCGCACGGCGCAGCGGCGGCGGCACAAGGGGAGCCGGCCAGAGCCCGAGCGCGAGGCCGCCGCGCCCCCGCCCAGCUGGGCUGGUCUGCUCUCGGCCGCCGGGCUCCGCGGCGCGCACCGGCAGCUGGCGGCGCUGUGGCCGCCCCUGGAGCACUGCUUCCCGCGGCUGCCGCCGGAGCUGGACGCGGGCGGCGGCGGGGCCUGGCUGAGGCUCGGGCUGUGGGGGCUGGUGUGGCCGGCGCGCGCGGGCCCCGGCGAGGCGGCGCUGCAGGAGCUGUGUCGGCAGCUGGAGCGCUACCUGGGCCAGGCGGCCGACGGCUGCGGCGGCGCCGCCGUGCGCGACGCGCUCUUCCCGGCCGAGGGUGGCGCGGCCGACUGCGAGAGCCUGCGCGAGUUCCGGGAGCGGGCCCUGCGCUCGCGGCGGGCCGAGGCGGGCGCCCGGCUGUGCCAGGUUCUUCAAGGACAUGCAAAAGCCAACACCAUGGUAGCAUUAAUGAAAAUUUACCAAGAGGAAGAUGAAGCGUACCAGGAAUUAGUUACUGCGGCAACCAUGUUCUUCCAGUAUUUACUGCAGCCAUUCAGGGAUAUGCGAGAAGUUGCAACUUCGUGUAAGCUUGAUAUUUUGAAGUCCUUGGAUGAGGAUGACUUGGGUCCUAGAAGGAUAGCUGUCCUACAGCAGGAAGCCAAAGAAUGGACUAGACGGGCUGAAGAAGCUGUUGUCUCUAUUCAAGAUAUCACAGUGAAUUAUUUUAAGGAAACAGUAAAAGCAUUAGCAGGAAUGCAGAAACAAAUGGAACAGGAUGGGAAGAGGUUUGGGCAGGCUGCCUGGGCCACAGCAUGUCCCAGGUUAGAAAAGCUUAAGCUGAUGCUAGCUCGAGAGACUCUGCAACUCAUGCGAGCCAUGGAGUUGUGUUUAAAUCACAAAAGAGCUGAAAUUCAACAAAAGAUGGAAGAUCUUCCAGAACAAGAAAAAAAUAUAGAUGUUGUAGAUGAAUUGGAAAUACAAUUUUAUGAAAUUCAAUUAGAACUAUUUGAGGUUAAAUUUGAGAUAUUAAAAAAUGAAGAAAUACUGCUUAUUACACAGCUGGACUCUACUAAAAGACUUAUGAAAGAGAAACAGGAUGAAGUUGUCUAUUAUGAUCCAUGUGAAAGCCCGGAGGAACUUAAAGUCAUUGAGCGUGAAGGGGGGCUGCAGGAGAGCAAUCUGGAGGUGCAGAAGCUCAGCCAGCAGUGCCAGCAGCUGGAGGCCAAACGGGGCCGGCUCUGCGCCAGAAGGGCCUAUCUCAGGAACAGAAAGGACCAAUGCAAGGAAAAUCAUCGGCUCAGAUUGCAACAGGCUGAAGAAAGCAUACGAUAUUUUCAUCAGCAUCACAGUAUUCAGAUGAAAAGAGACAAGAUAAAAGAAGAGGAGCAGAAGAAAAAAGAAUGGAUAAAUCAAGAACGCCAAAAAACACUCCAACGAUUGAGAGCAUUUAAAGAGAAAUGUCCAGCUCAGUCUGUAACAAAAACCUCUUGCUCAGAACCUGUGGCUCCAAACCUGCCAGGUGGCCUUUCCCAGCGGACGUCCUCGCCAGCCUCCCCGACGGUGUCGGUGACUCACUGGUCCUCUAGGAAAACCAGAAGUGUUCCUUCGUCUGAAGUUAGUAAUGUGAAAACCCCCAAGUGUCAAGACUGUCUCGGAAAUAUCCCUGUCCAGAUUUCUGUUCCAGUUGGUGACCAAACACACUUCAAAUCCAGUGAGGAAUUGUCACUGCCACCACCUCCUCCUCCACCUCCUCCUCCACCUCCCCCUCUCCCUCCCCCAUCCUUGUCCCCUCAAGCUCCAACCCAGCGGAACUUUGGCAUCAGGACUACAGUAAAAGAGGAUCAGCCACUUCCUCUAGUGUGUGAACCACCUGCUGAGAGACCUCGUGAUUCCUUGGAAGGUUUCUCCUGCCCAGGAUCUAUGGAUGAAGUGUUGGCCUCCUUAAGGGAGGGCAGGACCCCUCUCCGGAAAGCAGAGGUGCCCGCCCUGGCCCCUCCCCGAGCCUCAGUCAACGAGCACAUUCUGGCUGCCAUACGGCAAGGGGUCAAACUGAAGAAAGUUCACCCCAACUCUGGCCCAAGCCCCAGCAACAGACCGACCAGCGACCUCGAGAGCAGCAUCAAGGCCGCGCUCCAGCGAAUCAAGAGGGUGUCCGCCGACUCGGAGGAAGACAGCGACGAGCAGGACCCCAGCCAGUGGGACCGUUAAACUCUUCUCCAGGUUCAGGAGGCGCCCACCACAGCGAGCUGGGACUGGCAAGGUGGGGCCGGGGCCUGCUCUCAGAAAGCCCGUGAACAGGGUGCUAUCCCAAUGCCCCAAACGCAGCAGGGCUUGGUGUGGGAUGCUGAGGUCUUAUGUCAGACUGGGGAGGGACACAGGCGGGGGGCCUUUCCCACACCAACCCAUAGUUGGGCUGUCAAAGCCCGUCAGUGUUGCUGGCCUAAGAAUAGCACUUAUUUCUCCCCAGGGGUAAUCUAGAAUAGUCCCUGAUUCUGAAAGUUUAUACGACUCUAGUAAACAGCACUGGUAAACUACUGGCUGUGUCCUUCUGAACUACUGGGUUGAAAUGUGAAUGUUAUUUUAGCAAUAAUCAGGAUAAAUUGCUUAUAGUCAGGAGUUAUUUUAAAUGUUUAAAUGAAAUUUAUGUGUUGAGCACUGCAUAAACUCGUAAUAAAGAGCUAUUUUAAUAUAUCAAUGUCA